CUCUAAUCAUUCAUAAUUCAAUAACAAUUACAAUUACCAAAAUGUCCGACCCCCAACACCAAAUCCGUCACAUCAACCCCACCCACCUGGAAACAUUCAUCCAGUCCAUCCUGACCAAAAACGGCGUCUCCACCGACCACGCCAAGAUCAUAUCAUCAUGCCUCGUGCAAGCCGAUCUCCGCGGCGUAGACACGCACGGUUCCAACCGCAUCCCAUCAUACAUGCAACGGAUCCGCCAAAAUGUCCUCUCGCCCAGCGCCACCCCCACUCUCACUGAGAAAACCCCCGUUGUCGCACAAGUAGACGGCCAUAACGCCUUCGGCUUCGUCUCCGCACACAUGGGCAUGCAACGCGCCAUCGAGAUGGCCAAAGUAUACGGCAUCGGCCUCGUCUCCAUCAAGCACUCGAACCACUUCGGCAUGUCCGCAUGGAUAGUCCAGCAGGCCCUGGACGCAGGGAUGAUGUCCCUCGUAUUCACGAAUUCCUCGCCCGCCCUGCCCGUCUGGGGCGGUAGAUCCAAGCUCAUGGGCGUGUCUCCGAUCGCAUGCGGCGCUCCGGCUGGAUCUACUCCGCCGUUUAUUCUGGACAUGGCGCCGUCAAUUGCCGCCAGAGGCAAGAUCUACAAGGCGCUUCGCCGCGGGGAGAAAAUCCCGACUGAUUGGGCGCUUGAUGGCGAGGGGAAUAUGACGGAUGAUCCGGCUAAGGCGCUUCAGGGCGUGAUGCUUCCCAUGGGUGGGCCGAAGGGGUCCGCGCUGGCGAUUAUGAUGGAUGUGUUUUCGGGAGUGUUGUCCGGGUCUGCGUUCGCUGGGGGCGUGACGGGGCCUUAUGAUCCGUCUAAGCCGGCGGAUGUGGGUCAUUUCUUGGUGGCCAUUAAGCCGGAUUUGUUUAUGGAUUUGGAGGAGUUUAAGGAGAGGAUGGACUACUUGUAUCAGAAGGUUGUGGAGAGUGAUAAGAUGGCUGGGGUGGAGAGGAUUUAUUAUCCUGGGGAGAUUGAGCAGAUUACGAGAGAGAAGAGAUUGAAGGAUGGUAUUCCGUUUACCGAGGCGGAGAUUGAGGCGUUGAAUAGGGAGGCGGAGAUGGUUGGGGCGGAUAAGUUGAGGGUUGAUUGAUUUCGUCUCUGCAUAGUCGAUCUGGGUUAUUGGUUUCUGCCUUUACCAGUAGAAGAGCAACGGAUGUCAGACAUGGACGGCAGCCGUGUGCGGCACACAGGAAACCGC